AUGACUGCCACUGUUAGCCAGCCAACUCAAGCCGAUGUGCCUGUAGAAAACGGCAGCAAGUCCCCUCUUGCCUCGCAUGAGAUUGGUCUCAUCUUUGUUCGUGAAUAUUAUACCUUCUUGAACAAGAGCCCCAACAAGUUGUACGGUUUCUAUGGCAAGGAUUCCUUCAUGGUGAGAGGUGAUGAGGGUCAAUCGUCACCAUCGACGGCAAUCCAAGGACAGGAGGAAAUCCGCAAGAAGAUUGAAGAUUUGCACUUUGAAGAUUGCAGAGUACUUGUUUCUCAAGUGGAUAGCCAAAUCUCGGCCAACAAUGGUAUCCUCGUACAGGUGUUGGGUGAAAUGUGCAAUAUGGAUGGUCCUCUUCAAAAGUUCAGUCAGACCUUUUUCUUGGCUCCUCAAAUCAAUGGUUACUAUGUCCUCAAUGACAUUUUCCGUUUCCUCAAGGAUGAAGUCAACAUUGAUUAUUACACAUGUGAUGAGGAAAAGGCAGCAGCAGCAGCAGCAGAGAUAGCAGCAAAGGAUCAAGAAGAGCAAAAAGAGGCGGCCGAGAAUACAUCUGCCAAGCCCAUCACAUAUCCAUCAGUCGUCGAAUCGAAUAGCACAGCUGCUACUACAUCAUCUACACCUGUCAUUGAGACUGCAUCAGUCACCACAAACACACAAUCGCCCGUUGUUGCUGAGGAAAAGCCUGCUCCCGCCACUACAGAGAAACCUGCCGCUGCUGACAAAUCAAAGGUGACAGAAGGAAAGGAUCAGGAAAAGACAAAGGAGCAAGAACAAUCGAGCAAGGCACCAAAGACCUGGUCCAACAUUGCGGCUGGCUCUGACAACAAAUGGGGUUCGUCGUCAGCCUCAUCUCCAUCGGCUACAGCUGCUACAGCAACUACUACAACUACACCUGCUGCUGCUGCUGCUACUACUACUACUGCCAAUGCCACAUCCACUACGACCACUGCCACCACCCCUGCUGCUACUACAACCAAUGCCACUCCUGCUGCAGAGACCAAGCCUUCUCAAGGCAACAAGCCCUCGCAUGGUAAGGAUCAUGGUAAAGACCAAACCAACAAAGAAACCACGGACGUGUUCCUUAAGAAUAUCAAGACUUUGACGAUUGAUCAAAUCAAGGAAGCCUUUACAGCUGAAUUUGGUGAAGUCAAAUCGGUGACUAUUCCUCCUGGUAAACCCACUGGUUUCUUGACAUUUGCCAACCCUGAGUCGUGCCAGAAAGCUCUCAAGCAACGUCGUGUGGAAGUGGGUGAAGUCCAAGUGAUUGUGGAAGAGCGUCGUGUGCCUGGCCGAUACCCACGUCAUCAACAAAACGGUACUGGUGGAUCCUAUGAACGUAGAUUCCAACAAAACCGUCGUGGUGGAGGACCUCCUCGUGGUGGAAAGUCGCGUGGUGGCGGUAACCAAAAGUAA